AUGGGUGAAUUUCGGCCAGGAAGUGACAACCACCAUUUAUACCUCAACCGCAAGGGUUUUUACAGUCUUAAUGUAAUGGCGAUAUGCGAUCACAACAUGGUAAUCACAUUUGUUGACGCUAGGCAUCCAGGGGGCAAUCAUGAUUCAUUUGUCUGGAAUGUGAGUCACGCAGAACAGGAGCUAAAAUCUGAUUAUAACAAUGGAAAAACCAACACAUGGCUACUCGGUGAUUCUGGUUACCCCUUGCAGCCAUACUUGAUGACGCCAUUCAGAAGUGCAGCCGAUGAAAUUCAACGAAUUUACAACACAAAGCACUCGAAAGCUCGUAAUCUAAUUGGGAGAUGUUUCGGUGUUUUGAAAACCCGAUUUUGA